CAGCUAGACAAUUUUAUCACAUACAAAUAAAUCACUACAUUUCAUGGCUAUCAAAGUAAAUAAAUAUUUUGUACGCCGCAUUUAUAUUUUACAACAAAAUUAGAUAACUCACAAAUGUUAUAAUACAAUCUUGUUGCGGAAAUAGAUUUGAUUUGGUAAAAAAUAAAGCACAAUUUAGAGUUUAUACAGUGUAGAAUAUAUCGAUCAAGUAUUAUAGUUCGUACAGUAGAAAUUGUCAUUUACGAGUUAAUUUAAAACACAUAUUCAUUUUUAAAUUGUGAUUUAAUAGUUAGAACAUCGAAAAUGCAUCCUUACAGACUUAACCUGCGGAGAAGGCACACAGCCAAGCCGUCCGCGUCGUCCGACGAGGAGCGGCCGGCGUGCGUCGCUCAAGGACCUUGCAAUUCGUGGGGCACGCCAGACUCUACACGAAAACAUACAACGUCGUCGAUAAAUCCUCAAAGAGUCCGAUUGCAAAUUCCAAAUUUAAAAAGUGUGCUGAAGGAUACAUCUACUAUAGAAGAAUCUGUUACGGAACUAGAAGAUUUCGACGAAAUACAAAUCAAGAACUAUGAAGAUAGAGAAUAUGAUACCGUCGAGAAAAUAGAAGAAUUUGUAGAAUCCCCCCAGAGUCCGGUCCCAUCUUCGCCAUCGCGCGACAGCAAGUGUGAGCGUUUGAAAUUGCCAUCAUGGUGCGAUCCCGCGGUGACCAUAGACCCUCAGGGAAAAGGCUACAUAACAUGGUUGCUCCUAGCAACCUGUUGCUACAGCUACAACGCGUGGUGCGUCGCCCUCCGAGCUACAUUCCCCUACCAGACACCUGAAAACACACCUAUGUGGAUGACGGCAGACUUCUUUUGUGACAUCAUAUACCUGUUAGACGUCGUGUUUGUGAAACCGAGACUCAUGUUCCUACAUGAAGGAUUCUGGGUAGACGAUCCUGUUGAAACCAGAAAGAAUUAUAAAAGGAAACUGCAAUACAAGUUCGAUAUCAUAUCGCUUUUGCCGUUGGAGAUAUUGUAUUUUUAUUUUGGCACCCAAAAAGUAAUUCUACGAUUACCGAGGCUGCUGAAACUGCAGACGUUUUGGGAGUUCCAUCAAGCUAUCGACCGCGUCUUGUCAUCUCCUUACGUGGUCCGUAUAGGCAAGAUGUUGUUCUACAUCUUCUACCUGAUCCAUUUGAAUGCAUGCGCCUACUAUGCUUUGAGUGAUCACAUUGGGCUCGGUAGCAACGGGUGGGUUUACGACAAUCAAGGCAACGCUUACAUUCGAUGUUUCUACUUUGCUACUAAAACGGCUACGUCUAUUGGCAAGAAUCCGAAACCAGAGAAUACGAAGGAAUAUCUGUAUAUGACGGCGGCAUGGCUGAUGGGCGUAUUCGUUUUUGCAUUGCUGAUCAGUCAGAUUCGUGAUAUUAUCGCCACGGCUAGUCGAGCACAAACGGAGUACCGUAAGUCAGUGGACGGUUGCACUCGCUACCUACGCAAGCUGAACAUGCCAGCGUCGUUGCUGAGCCGCGUCACUUGCUGGUUCAGUUACACGUGGUCGCAGCAGCGGUGCUUCGAUGAAUCAAAAAUUCUCAACUUUCUACCGUCGAACAUGAAACAAGACGUGGCACUGGAGGUACACAUAAAAACAUUGAGCAAAGUGCAAUUGUUCCGCGACUGCUCGUCGUCUCUGCUGCGCGACUUGGUGCUGCAGCUGCGGCCCGUGUCGUUCCUGCCCGGCGACGUGGUGGUGCGGCGAGGUGACGUCGGCCAUCAGAUGUACAUCAUCAAAUGUGGAGAGUGCUACGUAAUGUCACCUGAUGAUAAAGAAGUAUUGGCAACUCUUGGUGAAGGGUCAGUGUUCGGAGAGAUCAGCUUACUGGGCAUCGAAGGGCUACGACGUAGAACUGCUACAGUGAGGUCUCGCGGAUACUCGAGUCUGUUCGCAUUAUCCCGGAACGAUCUCAACGCGGCUCUCAAACAGCACAAAGAGGCUGCGAACAUUCUACGUCUGAGAGCGGACCAGAUCAUUCGAGAAAACGCCGCAAGACAAGUCAGGCAGAAAUUGGAGAGGGAAAUGAGUAGGAAACGGAGUGAGGACUACAAUUAUAGGAGGAGAAAGAGUACAGUGAGUGGAGAUAAUAAGAGUAUUGGAGAAGGGAAGAAACUGCGGCCGCCGAGUGCUCAGUCGAAAAUUAAACUGUCUGCUUUUUCAGAGAUUAAUCCUGUCAGAGCCGCGCACCGGUCUUCGCUCCCGAAGAUCGUAUUCUCGAACUCGAGCGAGCGACUCACAGGAGAUAUUAAUUAUAUAGAUAAGGAUCCGUGUAAUAACUAAAUAAAUAUCUAAUAAUAAUAAUUAUUUUUUACCUACUACAAUUUUAUAAGAAACCGGGUCAGAGGUCAAUAGACAAAUCGACAAAUUAUUUUUAACGAUGACAUUCAUUCAUUACUGCAAGAUAAUAUUUUUGUAGGUACUCCUAUAGUAAGUACCUACCUACCCAAGGUAAUUUUUUUUUUCGUCUUUUUGUUUAUUAGGUAGGUCUGAGAUCGUAAAGAAAGUAUACCUACAACAAUAAUGAAUGUUUUCAUUUAAAAGCAGACUUGGAAUAAUUAUUUUAUAAUAAAUGUUUAGACUGUGUAAGAUAUGUCAAUAUCGGCCAAAAUAAAUUGAUAAGUACAUUAUCUAA